AUCCUUUCGGAAAGUUCUAGUAGGACACAUAACCGCAGUUAAAUGUAUCAAGAGGAAAUCACUUAUAGCUGCAGAGGGUAGCUUUGACUCCUCCAUGUGGUGAAUAAGCAGAAAGGUAUACAAGAAUGUCUGCAAUGAUAAAUAAUAUUUUGUAAAAUUGUUGUGAAAAGCAAAACCCAUGCAGAAAAAAAAAGAACAAAGCUAAAAGUCAUGAUGCAACAUUAGGAGUAUAUAUUUUGGUUUUAUUUUCAGUUACAAAAACCCAAGUUGCGGUUUGAGAUGAUGCAUCUGAGCCAGAGAUGAUUUUAAAAUGUCACAAAGUAUUUCCUAAUUCCAACAAUCAAAGUGUUUAAAUAAGAGACGCGAUCAUUGGUUUGCUAGUUAUUAAAGCAGAAUAAUCAAUUCAAGUGGAAUUAAUGUCAUUCACUACUAAUAACUAGUUUAGGACCCAAGUCUGCAGUUAAAUUGAGAUUUGUUCCCCCGUUCCUCCACCAGCUUUUCUGCAUUUACCCUUAAACGAUGCUUGUCAUGUAAUUUUAUUUAACUGCUAAAACAGCUCUAGAUUUGUGUGUUCAGUAUUUGCCAAUUGUCUGUUUGGGGAAUUCAACAUUAAAAAUAAAUUAUUUGGACUUAAACACAAAAAUCACAUAAUGAUUGAAUACAUAAAUACGCCAAUUAAGUAAUAAUAAUAAUUAUUGAUUAUUAAUAAUGUACACUGCCAAUUUUCAAUAGCAAAGCGGAGGGCAGCGAUGGGGAAAAUAUUGACGUAACACCAGAAACCAGUUUCAGCUCUUUUUUUAAAUGUAUUUAUUUUUUCAAAACUUUAUUGAACAAGGUGAUAAGUAUACAAACAAACUGCAUACAAAAUUGAACAAAGAAGAUGAAACAAAUGCCAGGGGAUGCACUACAUAAAUGUUACACACAUCCAAAUAAAUUAUAGAUGGUGCAAAUAGUUAUAGUUUUUAAAACUUUUUUGUUUAGUGAUCCACUAAUCAAUUUUAUGUAAGAUAGAGUGUCACUAUAAUAGUGCUUGAAAUUAGGGUUUUGGUUACUAAACCAGUUUCAGCUCAACACCACUUAUUCAACGAUUUAAUGACACCCUCUAGUGGAACAUAAGCAGAAUCGCAUUUUUAAGUGGAAAGAACGCAAUAAAUAAGAAAAAGGGCUUUAGAAUAAAUAACAGUGUUGAAAAAGAUUUAAAAUACCAACAACGCUUUCUGUUUGGAGAGUUUUAGUAACACUAGUAAGCUAAUCUGUUAAACCUAGCAUGUUAAUUAUCAAACACCAACCUAAUAAUUUGGACAACUUGUCAAACAUUCACGUUUUCAAAAAUGACAAAAACCAAAAUGGUAACAAUAUUAACAAGCUAAAUAUUAUAACUUGUUUAGGUAACUCACCGGUAUGGUUUGUGGUGGAGGCUACAACUAGCAUCGUUAGCUCUUGAAGUUCUGAAAAAUAUAUCACAUUAUCGGUCAUUACUCCAUAAAACACACCAUUCUACAAUACAUUUGAUGUGAUUAGAGAACAGUUUGAUAGUUUUUCAAUACAUUACCCAAAAAAAGGCACGAUUAGAGGUUAAAACGUCUAAUUAAACCACGAAAUAACACCUGCGCCAUGAUGAAUCGGAAGUAGAUGUCACGUUUGUAAUUGUGCCUCGAAGUUUUCACUUUUGUUAUUAUACUUAAUUAUACUUUUAUUUUAAGUUUUUGUUGUUGUAUUCACAAAGAUUAUAGCUCACAACUUAUUUGUUUUGGACUUUUUAUAUGAGAAUCAAAUAAAAGCAGAACUGAACUUUACUGUAAAAGCAUCCAACUACAUCAGUAACACACAGGGCAAUCCAAAAUAAAACAAUAAGGUCACUACCUCAUCUUGUGGUUGUAAAACACAAUGAGGUAAUAAUGAAAUAAAUAAGAAAAUAACUACUUUUAAAAUGUUUCAAUUCAAAACUUGACUUUUAAUAAAAAUCAGCAAGAUCCUCAUUAGGGUGAAAAUAUCAACAUCAGAUUAAAACAAACAAAACAAACAAACAAGUUGGAUUAACAUAACUUCUGAGAUGUAAGGCUGCAAAUAUCUAAGAAAAUAAAACUAUAGCUCAAACAUGAACUGAACAAUGUGAGACUGAUGCAGAAGGAAAUAUAAUUAUUGUGUGAUCGUGUCAAAAAAUAUAAAAGUAAUACAAAUUCCACUGGUUGGCUUAAAGCUUGAAGCAGGAACAAUGCGAUCUCUCAGAGGUCAGGUCAGUCGCACACCUGCAGCUCCACGUUGCGCUUUCUGACUGCCGCCUGCAUGUUCAGUAGGUAAUCACCUGUUAAGCCUAUCUGAAGAUGGGAGGUCAGGAGGAGCAAGAGGAGGAGCAGCUGACAUGAGCGCUCAAAUCUGUUUUCUGAUCGAUUCUGGCUGGAUUCUCAACAUUUCGGAGAACAAGAAUGCCUAAAGCAGGAGAGAGGACCGCUUCUACAACCUCUGCCGACUCGACUUCAUCAGAAAACAAAGAUGGUGGCAGUAAAUCUAGCACCACUACAAACUCCCCAUCAGGUUCUGUCUCUGAAACACCAAAGAAAUCAUCAAAGAAGUCCAAGAAAAGCUCAGAGAGCAUGAACAAAGUCUACACCUCCGUCCUCGAAAGUGUUUUUGGAGCCGAAAGAGAGUUGGCUCAGGCUGAAAUAGAUGAGCUCCAGGAAGCCUUUAAAGAGUUUGACUACGACCAGGACGGCUACCUGAACUACAAAGAUGUGGCUGAGUGCAUGAGGACGAUGGGGUACAUGCCCACUGAGAUGGAGCUGCUGGAAAUCGUGCAACAAAUCAAAAUGAGAAUGGGCGGGUUGAUGGACUUUGAUGACUUCAUUGAACUGAUGGGGCCAAGGAUGAUGGGAGAGACCACCAACAUGCUGGGACUAAAGGAGCUCCAGUCGGCCUUUCUACAGUUUGACAUGGAUGGAGAUGGAAAAAUAAACCAAGAUGAAAUGAAGGAGGCACUGAAGUCUUUACUGGGAGAGAAGCUGAAGAAGGGCGAGCUAGAGGAGAUCCUGAAGGAGCUGGAUAUAAACUCAGACGGCAACAUCGACUUUGAGGGUGAGCGUUUGCGUUUGUGUCGUAACACGUUCUUCUGAUGACUCAGGCUUUGACUGUUCUUCCUGAAUUUCAGAGUUUGUGAUGAUGCUCUCCAUUCACUGACCGUUGCAAACAGCUGCACAGACGGACCAAUCGUUUCCUGAUUACCAGAGAGAAUGAUCUCAAACUUCAGUGAAGACUUCUGUAGCUUUCAUUCAUUAGUCAGUU